AUGUCUGAUCCCGCUUCAACCAUCAGAGCUGCAGCAACAUCGGCUGAUGCUCGAAUGGCCAUGAUGUAUCCGCUUGUGAAGACCCAGACUGACAUGAAGGAGGAGAUGAGGAUAGAGGCAGUUGACGCUGUUAUCAGUGCAAUAGAAAAGUUCGGCAACAUGAAGCCUCCCAAGUAUGAUCUUGCAGCAAAGCAAGUGAAGGAAACUAUGGACAAGAAGUUCGCACCCAACUGGUGCUGCGUUAUUGGCGAAGGUUUCGGUGCAGACAUUGUGUACGAGAAGCAAACUCUGUUGUAUAUGUUUUAUGCGGGAAACUUGGCGGUGCUGCUAUUCAAGAAUCCCUUCUAAGACAAUCAAGACGACGGACACACCUCGACACAUUUCGAUUAUAACCUAAACACUGUAAUUGCUCUCUCUUACAUCCUUUACCGUUCUGUAACUGUAAGUGAAUUUUCCUUGGAAACCCCC